GUAUCCAGUUCAGGGACCUUUCCGUACGCGGCUGUGUAUGUACUUACAGGGUAGCUUCUAUACUGUGUUCUUAGAAAUGUUAGACAAUGUCUCUUACAUACAAAGUCUACAGGAUAUGGAUUUAGCACAAAUUGACAAUGAGAAAGAAGAAAAGCUCAAAACCAGUGUGCCAAAGAUGUUAAAAGAAGUAUUUGAGAAGCACAGAUGUAGUUUGCUAGCAGACAAUGAUGAUAAGAAAUCUAUUAAUCCAUCAGUCAUUGAAAACAUGGUUCUUGUCUCAGAGACAGUAUCUCAUAUAUGUGUGCUGUUAGGAGUGUGUUAUCGAUUGCUGAAACCAGUGAAAACAGUGCUGUCUCGAAGGAACAAGAAGAAGAAAGGCAAUACUAUACCCAUGCCGUGUACAUUUGAGAAUUAUAACUGCCUAUUGAAGGAAGUGGAGACUGUGUGUAAAGAAAUACAUAAAGCUGUGACAGAGUUAGACCCGGUGUUCCUUUCAUUAGAUCUCAGUAGUUUGAAGCUAUCAGAACCAUUUGCAGACGAUAACGAAUAUGUGGAAAUAGAGAAAGAAAUGUGGAAGAAUGUAGAGACAAGUUACCAACAGUCAUUUGUCGAGGUGACAGAAUUCCUACAUAAAAAACUACAAUAUCUCAGCGGCAUUCAUUUAUGAUGAAGUGUUGCACUGUACAUAGUGUACAUACAUCCAUACCAUAUCUGUAGAUACUGUCAGUACCAUAGGAACAUUUGAGAGCUCAGCUGUUUAUCACGUCGUCAUCAUGAAGCAAAAUUUAUAUCUACAAGAUAUCACAUUACAUUUAGUACAGAGUUGAAAAGGAAAACAUGUUUAGAGAAUAUUGAUAAAAGUUUGGGUAGUUGACCAGUACCUCAAUACAUUUUCUGCUAUAUUUCUCACAUGCUCGUGUUUUUCAUAACAGGUAUCCAUGUUGUUAUAGUUUACCCAAGAGGCGUUUUAUGCCAAGAUGUGCUGUAACAUUGCAGUUUUUUCAGUGUUUAUGUUUUCAUGUGGAAACAUAACGAGUUUGAAUAUCUUGCUAAAUUUUUAACAUAGUUGAUGAACAGUUUACAUGGUCUUGGAAUAAUUUAUUUAAAUCUGCCAGUUCUCGAGGUAGACAUGGUUUUAAAACAGUUUGGAGACCAGUCGUAAUGCUAGCAUCUGAUUGGUCGAUUCCGAGCUCAGUUUCAAAACUGACCAAUGACAAGGCUUCAUUCUGGGACUGGUCUUUUAACUGGAAACCCUGAUCAUCAGAGAUUUGAUUUAUCUGUAUUGUAAGUUUGGUAGUCAAUAGUGAAUGUUGUUACUGAUUUUCGAGACAAGAAAACUGUCUGAAUUUCUUGCUCAUGUUUCUAAAUUCCAUACAGAAAGGCAGACAAAUGCUCUAUUGGAACCAGAAAUAUGCCUCCUUGUUGCAGUAUAUCCUCUGUUUAUGAUAUGUACGUAGAGCAAACACUUGUGGUAAACAGAAUCCUAUAACAAAUAUGUUGUAGUUUCCAGCAGUUCCCCACUGCUGAUGUGUUCCGAGGGCUUGGUGCAAAACUGGCCAAUGCCCUCGAUUUUGUUAAUUUCAUGUGAUAGAUAUAUUUCAUGGAAUAUUUGUAAUUGUCUGGUUUUUAGGGUACAUUAAAACUUGAAACACAUUCAAAACAGUCUGGUUUUUAGGGUACAUUAAAACUUGAAAUACAUACAAAACUGUCAAGACUUUAUAUCUUUUUGAGAAAUAAAAAACGAGUAGUUUUUAUUGUCAACAGAUGGUCAUUCAAAGUGGAUGAUGAUGCACUAUUUACGGUUAAUUCAAAUAUAAGAAAUCUUGCUCAUUCUAAAAAUGUAUAAUUUUGAAUUUUUGUGGGGGACUAAUUUUCGUGGAUUUCGUUGUUGCAUCAUACCACAAUAUUAAAUCCCAACAAACAUAUAAAAUCCCAAUUAUUUCAUCUUCAAUACUUGAAAUCCAUAAAUACAUAUCAACUAGAAAUAGUCUCUUUGCCCAAAAGUGUAGGAAACUGUAUUGAGGAAAUAAGUGUUUUCAAGUCUUACUAAACGUCUAAAAUACUAUUAUUUUGUUGUUAUGAAGAUUUGAUAUUAAUUUUAUACCAAGUAUAAAUCAGGAUUACACUGCAUUGUGAACAAAGCUUGUUUCUUUGUUGUUGUUUUUAAGUUCUGUUCUAUUUAGUUAGCAAUGUCUGGAUAUAUAAUUUUUUUACAAAUAUCCAGGGUCUGUGGCAGUGUAUGUUUUAAAAUAUGAAAUGACACUGUGUUAGUUUAGAAUGGGAUGGAUAUGAUGUGACAUUGUUCAAUAUGCAAUUUUUUUUAUGAAAGUAUAGGCAUUCAUUUCUGAUUGCUAAAUGACUUCUUGAAGCUAUUGAUAUUUGACUUCUCGACCUGAUUGACAUCUGAUUUCAUGAAGCGUAAAAUUUAUUGAAAUCCAAAAAGUUCUCUUGAAUUAACAUGUACAGGACAUGAACAGAACUGAUAUACAAUUGGUAUGGACUGUUCAGAGUUGUAGAAAUUUGUCCUUUGAAAUAUUUUUAGUUCAGCUUUUACUGUAACCUUUCCUACUUGUACUGAAUUUGCUGGUCAUUAUAAGUAUAAUAGUUGGACAUCUCUGUUAAAAUGCUGCUUUAAUAGAAAGAUACGAUUUGGACAAUGUCAGAUUUAUACAAAAGUGCUAUUAAAGCUGCAGAACAAUUUUUUUGAAAAAUGGAAUGUUUCGAGUCAUGACUGUAUUCUAGAUUAAAAAACAAUUUUUUUUUAGCUCACCUGUCACAGAGUGACAAGGUGAGCUUUUGUGAUGGCGCGGUGUCCGUCGUCCGUCCGUCCGUCAGUCCGUGCGUCCGUAAACUUUUGCUUGUGACCACUCUAGAGGUCACAUUUUUUGUGGGAUCUUUAUGAAAGUUGAUCAGAAUGUUCAUCUUGAUGAUAUCUAGGUCAAGUUCGAAACUGGGUCACGUGCCAUCAAAAACUAGGUCAGUAGGUCUAAAAAUAGAAAAACCUUGUGACCUCUCUAGAGGCCAUAUAUUUCACAAGAUCUUCAUGAAAAUUGGUCAGAACGUUCACCUUGAUGAUAUCUAGGUCAAGUUCGAAACUGGGUCACGUGCCGUCAAAAACUAGGUCAGUAGGUCAAAUAAUAGAAAAAACCUUGUGACCUCUCUAAAGGCCAUAUUUUUCAUGGGAUCUGUAUGUAAUUUGGUCUGAAUGUUCAUCUUGAUGAUAUCUAGGUCAAGUUCGAAACUGGGUCAAGUACCGUCAAAAACUAGGUCAGUAGGUCUAAAAAUAGAAAAAACCUUGUGACCUCUCUAGAGGCCAUAUUUUUUAUGGGAUCUGUAUGAAAGUUGGUCUGAAUGUUCAUCUUGAUGAUAUCUAGGUCAAGUUCGAAACAAGGUCAUGUGCGUUCAAAAAUUAUACAAAAGUGCUAUUAAAGCUGCAGAACAAUUUUUUUGAAAAAUGGAAUGUUUCGAGUCAUGACUGUAUUCUAGAUUAAAAAACAAUUUUUUUUUAGCUCACCUGUCACAGAGUGACAAGGUGAGCUUUUGUGAUGGCGCGGUGUCCGUCGUCCGUGCGUCCGUCAGUCCGUGCGUCCGUAAACUUUUGCUUGUGACCACUCUAGAGGUCACAUUUUUUGUGGGAUCUUUAUGAAAGUUGAUCAGAAUGUUCAUCUUGAUGAUAUCUAGGUCAAGUUCGAAACUGGGUCACGUGCCAUCAAAAACUAGGUCAGUAGGUCUAAAAAUAGAAAAACCUUGUGACCUCUCUAGAGGCCAUAUAUUUCACAAGAUCUUCAUGAAAAUUGGUCAGAACGUUUACCUUGAUAAUAUCUAGGUCAAGUUCGAAACUGGGUCACAUGCCAUCAAAAACUAGGUCAGUAGGUCAAAUAAUAGAAAAACCUUGUGACCUCUCUAGAGGCCAUAUUUUUCAUGGGAUCUGUAUGAAAUUUGGUCUGAAUGUUCAUCUUGAUGAUAUCUAGGUCAAGUUCGAAACUUGGUCUCGUGCGAUCAAAAACUAGGUCAGUAGGUCUAAAAAUAGAAAAACCUUGUGACCUCUCUAAAGGCCAUAUAUUUCAUGAGAUCUUCAUGAAAUUUGGUCAGAAUGUUCACCUUGAUGAUAUCUAGGUCAAGUUCGAAAGUGGGUCACGUGCCUUCAAAAACUAGGUCAAUAGGUCAAAUAAUAGAAAAACCUUGUGACCUCCCUAGAGGCCAUAUUUUUCAUGGGAUCUGUAUGAAAGUUGGUCUGAAUGUUCAUCUUGAUGAUAUCUAGGUCAAGUUCGAAACUGGGUCACGUGCCGUCAAAAACUAGGUCAGUAGGUCAAAUGAUAGAAAAACCUUAUGACCUCUCUAAAGGCCAUAUUUUUUAUGGGAUCUGUAUGAAAGUUGGUCUGAAUGUUCAUCUUGAUGAUAUCUAGGUCAAGUUCGAAACAAGGUCAUGUGCGUUCAAAAAUUAGGUCAGUAGGUCUAAAAAUAGAAAAACCUUGUGACCUCUCUAGAGGCCAUACUUGUGAAUGGAUCUCCAUAAAAAUUGGUCAGAAUGUUCAUCUUGAUGAUAUCUAGGUCAAGUUCAAAAGUGGGUCACGUGCCGUCAAAAAGUAGGUCAGUAGGUCAAAUAAUGAAAAAACGUUGUGACCUCUCUAGAGGCCAUAUUUUUCUUGGGAUCUGUAUGAAAGUCGGUCUGAAUGUUGAGCUUGAUGAUAUAUAAGUUAGGUUUGAAACUGGGUCAACUGCGAUCAAAAACUAGGUCAGUAGGUCUUGAAAUAGAAAAACCUUGUGACCUCUCUAGAGGCCAUAUUUUUCAAUGGAUCUUCAUAAAAAUUGAUCUGAAUGUUCACCUUAAUGAUAUCUAGGUCACUUUAGAAACUGGGUCACGUGCCUUAAAAAACUAGGUCAGUAGGUCAAAUAAUAAAAAAAAACUUGUGACCUCUCUAGAGGCCAUACUUUUCAUGGGAUCUGUAUGAAAGUUGGUCUGAAUGUUCAUCUUGAUGAUAUCUAGGUCAAGUUUGAAAUUGGGUCAACUGCGGUCAAAAACUAGGUCAGUAGGUCUAAAAUUAGAAGAAUCUUUUGACCUCUCUAGAGGCCAUAUUUUUCAAUGGAUCUUCAUAAAAAUUGAUCUGAAUGUUCACCUUAAUGAUAUCUUAGGUCACUUUAGAAACUGGGUCACGUGCAGUCAAAAACUAGGCCAGUAGGUAUAAAAAUAGAAAAACCUUGUGACCUCUCUAGAGGCCAUAUUUUUCAUGAGAUCUUCAUGAAAGUUAGUGAGAAUGUUUACCUUGAUGAUAUCUAGGUAAAGUUCAAAACAGGGUCACGUACCUUUGAAAACUAGGUCAAUAGGUCAAAUAAUAGAAAAACCUUGUGACCUCUCUAGAGACCAUAUUUUUCAAUCGAUCUUCGUGAAAAUUGGUCAGCAUUUUUAUCUUGAUAAUAUCUAGGUCAAGUUCAAAAGUGGGUCACAUGAGCUCAAAAACUAGGUCACUGUGUUAAAAUAAUAGAAAAAAACGACGUCAUACUCAAAACUGGGUCAUGUGGGAAGAGGUGAGCGAUUCAGGACCAUCAUGGUCCUCUUGUUUUUUGGUAGGGGUAAUGUGCCACUGUAUAAAGUAGUGAAGCAAAUCUAAAUGAAACAGUAAGCAUACAUCCAUAUGCAUAAUUUGUCUAUUGACUGCCAGAAGGUGCUAUCAGCCUUCUUAUUUCAUAUGCUGAUAGCACCUGGCGGUCAAUAGACGAAAUUUAUUAUGUAAAGCUCUUGCUUGGAUUUCAGCCUUUAGCAUUUGUUAACGGCAGCUCAGGGUAACAUAGAGAAGAUGUAUCACUUAACCUCUAGCACGCUAAAUUUCUAUAAUGGACUGGUCUAUCAUUCAAUUUGGCAUGCUAAAUUUCUAUAAUUGACUGGUCUAUCAUUCAAUUUGGGCAUUGUUAUUUGAAAGGGUGUUCACUGAAAAUUUAUUGACUGAAUAGCAAAAAGUGUAGACCAUGAUCAGACUGCAUGGAUUCGCAGGCUGAUAUUGAUCUGCACUGGUCCCAAAGGCAGAAUCACUUGCCGACAGCAGGCUAAAGGUUAACAAAACUAUUCAGUCAUUCUGAGAACAAAGUAAAUUUCUUUGAAUUAUCGUUUUAAGUUAAAUCUUGUUCUGUUAAUUUAGUUUCCUGAAAAUCAUUUAUAGAUCAACAUUGUUUGUGAUUGAUUCUUGAUUAACAUUUAUUUUGUGUUACAAUAUUGUUCCAUGAUUUAGUGAUGCAAAAAGGUCCACACCUUUAACUGUAAAAUACUCAAGAUUUUCCUUAAAUGCAACAGGGAAAACCCCUCUUAUGUUAGCAACUUUUAUUAAUCAAAAGUGCUGUAUUUUACGUUAGAAAUGACAAUUCUGUUUUCAUUCAGCCUUCAUUUUGCAUUAUGUUCAAGUUAUUUAUAUUCCUAAAUUCCUAAUUAAGGAACUAGUUAAUUGUAUAUUAGUUCCCUCGAUUUUUGCCUUUGUUCAGUUACCUUACUGCAAAAUUUAAAAGGUGCUCAAACAGCCAUUUUGGAGCAUACAUCAGUUCUAAUGAAAGCUCAUGUAUUUAUAACUGUUGCAGCAGAUUUCUACUUAAAACAGAAAAUUUACAAUAUUCUUUAACUUUUACAUCAGUUCGGCUCACCAGUGUGGACAGGUUUUGAUUGUAUUAUGAGGAAGAUGGUAAAUAUAGGUAUAUUUUCUUACCUGUAUGGCCAUGAUUGUUUGCUAGCAUUUUUAGCUCAUCUGAUUUUUUGAAAAAAAAUGAUGAGUUAUUGUCAUCACUUGAGCGGUUGUCGGCGUCGGCGUCGGUGUCGGCGUCUGCGUCGGCGUUGCCUGGUUAAGUUUUAUGUUUAGGUCAGCUUUUCUCCUAAACUAUCAAAGCUAUUGCUUUGAAACUUGGAAUACUUGUUCACCAUCAUAAGCUGACCCUGUAUAGCAAGAAACAUAACUCCAUCUUGCUUUUUGCAAGAUUUAUGGCCCCUUUUGUACUUAGAAAAUAUCAGAUUUCUUGGUUAAGUUUUAUGUUUAGGUCAACUUUUCUCCUAAACUAUCAAAGCUUUUGCUUUUAAACUUGGAAUACUUGUUCACCAUCAUAAGCAGACCCUGUACAUCAAGAAACAUAACUCCAUCUUGCUUUUUGCAAGAAUUAUUGCCCCUUUUGGACUUAGAAAAUCAGUUUUCUUGGGUUAAGUUUUAUGUUUAGGUCAGCUUUUAUCCUAAACUAUCAAAGCUAUUCCUUUAAAACUUGCAACACUUGUUCACCAUCAUAAGCUGACCCUGUACAGCAAGAAACAUAACUCCAUCCUGCUUUUUGCAAGAUUUAUGGCCCCUUUUGGACUUAGAAAAUAUCAGAUUUCUUGGUUAAGUUUUAUGUUUAGGUCAACUUUUUCUCUUAAACUAUCAAAGCUAAUGCUUUAAAACUUGCAACUCUUGUUCACCAUCAUAAGCUGACCCUGUACAGCAAGCAACAUAACUCCAUCCUGCUUUUUGCAAUAAUUAUUGCCCCUUUUGGACUUAGAAAAAUCAUUUUCUUGGUUGAAUAUUAUGUUUAAGUCAACUUUUCUCAUAAACUAUCAAAGCUAUUGCUUUAAAACUUGCAACAGUUUUUCACCAUCAUAAGUGGACACUGUACAUCAAGAAACAUAACUCUAUCCUGCUUUUUGCAAGAGUGAUGGCCCUUUUUAGACUUAGAAAAUCAUGGGUAGGACAAUAUUUCUAUUAUACAAAAAAAAAUCAGAUGAGCGUCAGCACCCGCAAGGCGGUGCUCUUGUUUUACCUGUGUUUUUGACUAUAUACUGGUACUGCUUGUUGUUUGUUUUAACUUGUCGUGCAUUUAUUAUUCAAGUUUAUAGAUAUUUUUGAACUUUGAUUUCCCAUCUUUGUAAAACUUUAAGUAAUAAAAAAUACAAACCAUUCUA